AUGGCACCCGCUGACAUCUUUCUUGGCACUUUCCAAGUGUUUUUAGAAAGGCUUGCGAAGGAAGAGAGGCUGAUGAAACCAGAGCUGAGCUUUGCCAGAGAGCACAUUAUUGUCCAUGCGGGAGAGCCCUUCACCAUAACUUGCAGGGGUUUGCCCGGUUUGAUGUGGCUCUGGGGAAAUGACGCCUCCAAAGAUGGCAAGAGGUGGCGUGUCUACGAGCAGAAGUGUUCGGACAGGCCGUGGCUGACCUGCAGCACGCUCGCGACGGACCAAGCUUCUGCCGGCGACACUGGCUACUUCACCUGCCUUUACAGCCGGUUCCGUUCGAAUGAAGAGCUCAAGGCCAAGAUCUACGUGUUUGUCAAAGAUAACAAGAAACCUUUUGUUGACCCCCACCCAAAACAUCCUGAAGUGAUCUAUAUCCAUAAUGCCACUGAAGUGGUCAUUGUGCCUUGCCGUGUCACCUCGCCAGAUGUUAUACCGGACCUGUGGCUGCACUCGCCCACCCCUGUUUUCAGCCAGAAGCGGAGGGAUUGGGAUCCCAAGAAAGGAUUCCUGGUCACUUCACCCUCCUUUGAGUUCUUCAGUGCCAUGCUCAAGUGUGUUGCUGUUGUUGAUGGAGUCACCUACACGUCCUUCUACUGGCCACAGAAAGUGGAGGAUCGGAUACAGAACCUGGCUUUGAAAGCCACGCCACAGAAACUGCUGGUUGGAGAAACUCUGCAUCUAAUGUGCACGGCCGAAACGUUCUUCAAUGGGCGGAUUGUGUUUGACUGGAAAUUUCCAAGGGGGAAAGUGCAUAAACCUAUAAAAGAUUUGGACCAAAGUCAGCCGGUGUAUAAAGGCACCAGCAAUGUGACCAUCCCAAAUGUUUCAAUGGAAGACAAAGGCCUGUACAUAUGCAGAGGACAAGUCGCCAAUAACACAAGGAGGGCGUUAGAGGUCAACAUUACAGUCACAGUAUACAGGGAACCUUUCCUCAAGGUUUUCUACAAGAAAGAACAGAACUACGAGGCUAAAGCAGGGCAGAAGAUGCUGAGACUGGCUUGGAAGGUCGACGCUUUCCCACGCCCUAACGUGACCUGGUACAAGGAUGGCAAGCUGAUUGCUGAGAACAGCUCCUUCUAUGAACUGGAUCCUCUGAAAUACAGACUGGUCAUAAGGGAUCUGAGAGCAAAGCAUGCUGGGAACUACACCAUAUCCCUAAGCAAUACUAAACAUGGCCUCUAUGAAAACCUCACCAGUCAUCUGGUUGUGUUGGAGAGACCCAAAAUUUAUGAAAAGGAGAUGGAUUUUGGCAAGAACAAAGACCAAGACCUGUUCGCCAAAGGAGGAGAAUACAGCCUCCAGUGCACAGCAAGUGGCACGCCGCUUCCCAGCAUACACUGGGCGUGGGGAGCAUGCAGCCCUCGAGACAACCCAUGUAGAGUACAGGGACAAAGAACUGAGGUGAAUCAGAUCACUGGCCAUGAAACCACAUCCCGAGCCAAUACAAUCAAGAACAUAGAGGAAAAGAAUGUCCGGCAAGGUGAUAAAGACAAGAUCCUAAGCAUCCUGACCAUCACUGCAAGCAACGUAUCAGGGAUCUACUUCUGCAUUGCUUCUAACAAGGUUGGCACAGAUGAAAGAAGCAUCAAGUUCUAUGUCUCAGAUAUGCCAUCCAAGCUACAGACUGAUGAACAGAUCACGGCCAUCGUGGCAAGCAACGUCCAAAUGACUUGUAAAGCCAACAGGUACAUCUACAACCACCUGUCUUGGUAUGAUCCCACCUCGCAGGCCAUUCCAUUCGCCUCAACACGGCAGAGAGUCGACAACUAUUCCAUUUCCUUGACACUGGAUAUAAAGAAUGUUUCUCAAGCCCAUGCCGGGCUGUACAAGUGCAGAGCCCGAAGUUUUCUGACCAGCACUGAGGAGCUGGAAAAAAGCACCUUGCUCCACAUCAAAGUGAAGACAGCACCUCGCAUUAUGGAGAACUUUACAGACUUAGAGGUGAAUAUCAGUGGGACGAUCGUUCUGGAGUGCAAAGUGAAUGGAACUCCGAAACCCACAAUUGCUUGGCUGAAGAAUGGCUAUGCUAUCACCCCUGCUUCAGGGAUUUCCAUGGAGAACAACACCCUGGUGAUUGAGCGAGUGAAGAAGGACGAUGAGGGUCACUAUGAGUGCAAAGCAGUCAACGAAAUGGGCCAAGACAGCGCCAGGGCAUUUAUCAGGAUCCAAGGCUCUGAGGAGAAAUCCAACAUCGAAGUCAUCAUUUUGGUUUGCACCGGUUUAGCAGCCACACUCUUCUGGCUCCUCCUGACCCUCUUUAUACGGAAGCUGAGAAAACCUGAUGCCACAGAUAUUAAAACAGGGUACCUGUCCAUCAUAAUGGAUCCUGAGGAGAUGCCUCUGGAUGAACAAUGUGAGCGCCUCCCAUAUGAUAGCAGCAAAUGGGAAUUCCCCAGAGACAGGUUGCGCCUGGGUAAAACUCUGGGUCAUGGUGCUUUUGGGAAGGUGGUGGAAGCGUCUGCUUUUGGCAUAGAUAAAUCUUCAACCUGCAAAACAGUUGCCGUUAAAAUGCUUAAAGCAGAGUGUGCAACGACCAACGAAUGCAAAGCUCUGAUGUCUGAACUGAAGAUCCUCAUCCAUAUUGGACACCACCUCAAUGUGGUCAACUUGUUGGGAGCUUGUACUAAGCCGGGAGGUCCUUUGAUGGUCAUAGUAGAAUACUGCAAGUAUGGAAAUCUGUCCAAUUACUUAAGAGGAAAAAGAGGGGACUUCAUUGCCUCCAAGCCCCAGGAGCAUUCCGAUUCUGGUGAGAAGGGCCUUGAAGAGUCUAUCAGUGACUUAACGGAGCUGAUCAAGAGGCGCCUGGAGAGCGUGGCCAGCACAGGAAGCUCUGCCAGCUCAGGAUUCAUUGAAGAUAAAAGUUACACAGAUUCUGAAGAGGAGGAGGAAGAUGCUGAAGACCUAUAUAAGCGCCCCCUGACCUUGGAGGACUUGAUCUGCUACAGCUUCCAGGUGGCCAAAGGCAUGGAGUUCCUGGCCUCAAGAAAAUGCAUUCAUAGGGAUUUGGCAGCUAGGAACAUCCUACUGUCUGAAAACAAUGUAGUGAAGAUCUGUGACUUUGGACUGGCAAGGGAUAUUUACAAAGAUCCCGACUAUGUGCGGAAAGGCGACGCUAGACUUCCACUGAAAUGGAUGGCUCCAGAGGCUAUCUUUGACAAAAUUUACACCACCCAGAGCGAUGUAUGGUCUUUUGGUGUGCUGCUGUGGGAAAUAUUCUCUCUAGGGGCCUCUCCAUACCCAGGGGUGCAGAUUGAUGAGGACUUCUGUCGACGUCUCAAAGAAGGAACGCGGAUGAGAUCGCCAGAAUAUUCAACUCCAGAAAUCUCCCAGACCAUGUUGGAUUGCUGGCAUGGAGUUCCGACAGAGAGACCCACCUUCACAGAACUGGUGGAGCGUUUAGGAGAUCUCCUGCAGGCAAAUGUGCAACAGGACGGGAAAGACUAUAUCCCACUGAACAUUACUCUGUGCUCAGAUGGGGACUCCAACCCUAAAAUCUGCAUCCUGGAAGAGAAGCUGAGCGACUGUAUCAAUCGCUGGAGUGCAGUGGAAGCAGGCAUUAACUCCAAGAAUCGGCCACUCAGCGUGAAGACAUUUGAUGAGGUGCCCGUGGAGAUGGGCAAAGCUACCCAGGAGGAAUGCGAGUCAGAUAGUGGGAUGGUGCUGACUUUGGAUGAAAUCAAAAGCCGGAAGAGGCUGGAAAUCCGCUCCUGGCCCUAUGGGAUUAUGGCUCUGGCGAGAAAAGCCAUCAGCAAGAGCAAGGAGUCUGUGUUCUCCGAGAACGAACGUGGGUUUGUGAAGUACCAGUUGGCCACGCAGAGGGAUGAAGACCCCCUGGAAGAUUCUGUCCUCCUGCCCCUGGAUCUGACCCUGGAGUGCCACAGCCCCCCGCCAGACUACAACUCCGUCAUUCAGUAUUCUGCUGCCCCGUCUGUGUAGCUGACCCACCCCUUUGCCUCUCUUUUUCCACUCAGU